UCAGUACUAGCGUCAGCCUUUUUCUGGACAAUCUGUAUAAACUAUCUGCUUUUAAGACCCAUUUUGUCUAGCCAUUGAGCACAUUCUCCAUAUCGUCAAUUCGAACCACUAUUUGUAUUCCAAUGAAUUACCAUUGCUUAUCUAGUAUCUGGAAAUAAAUGACCAUGAUGUAUGUACAGGGACUGAGCAAAACCCAUGUUUUUUUUGUAAAUGCACGUUUUGCCCGUCAUGAACUAUAAUCCCACCUCAGCUCGGUAGAUAAGAACGAUAAGUAGUCAUUAUUUCGACUAAUAAUGUUCUAUUGCAUUACUGCAAGAAGAGAAAUGCCCGUGUGUGGCAUUUACUUUCAUUUUCUUCAAGCGCGCGUACUGUUUCUAUUCGUCCAGUUAGAGUGGUAGAAGAGCGGUGGUUUUCUAUCGCAAAAUGGAGCCUCCAAAUCAGUUAAACUCCUGUUCCUCCUCCUCAAUGCCCUCAGUUCAGGAUUAUUUCAACGGUGCUUCAAUCUAUGUGAUCCCAUUGGCUGCAGUAGGAGCGGCCUUCCUGAUGUUCUCCCUGCUGGUAUUCGCCAACACCCUUCGCUUCAUCCUGCGCCGCAGCUGCUCAAAGGCCAAAACCUUCACAACCUUUAUAACAGCAAUCUACCCGGUGAUAGGUUUUCUGAGCUACUGCUCCCUACUGGUGCCGCGCUCUAGCUUACUGUGCGAGGCACUCAGCCAAGGCUUUAUAACCGCGGCCUUGUAUCAGCUUUUCUGCCUUUUGAUGGCCUACGGUGGGGGCCACGCCUCCCUGAUCGAAACAGCCGGCUCAGUUCGGAUCGACCUCAAAGAGCCCCCGUGCUGCUGUUGGCCCUGCUGCGCUCUGCCCACUUUCGCUGUGCAAAAGAAGGCUAUCGAUUGGCUCCAGUGUUUGGUGCUGCAGGUGCCUCUAGUACAGGGGCUGGUCUAUUUUGUGUUCCUGCUCAUGUGGGCAGAGAAUCCGAGGUUAUACGAAGCAAACUACUGGUACCUGCAGCCUGUGCUGAUUAUUUCCAUUCUAACCGGCAUCUGGGGGCUGACAAUCACCAUUAAGGCUCUUAGCAGUCUGCUGGAUCCGGAGUUUCGCCUCAGAACGAAGCUGAACAUUUUACAGGGCGUUCUCUUGUUCAGCAAACUGCAACCGCUCCUAAUCAAGGUGUUUGUCUGGACCAACUUGCUGCCCUGCAAUCCGCCGCUGACGCCCCAACUAUACGCCAACAUGAUCCAGAGCGCCUUACUGACCAUGGAAAUGGCUCUAUUAGGGCUGCUAGUUAGGCGGAUUUAUCGGCGCCAACUACCCGAAGUGAGCAGCCUAAAAAGAGAGCCUGGAGCGAAUGGUCCGAAACUAGCGGGCGAGGACAAUCCAAGCUAUGGCUGAAGAGUUGCCAGGUGUGUAUAUUGAGUCUCCAUGUUAGUCUACUAGUGUUUAUAAGCUACUUUUCUCGCAAAUUUGGGCGCUUUGUCUGCAGCAUGUGCAUAGAAGGGUGUUUUCAAAUGGAAAAUGCUCUUACUCUGAAAACGAACACUUUUCACAUUAAUGUUUCUUGUGCAAAUGACUUUGUCACAAAAAAACCUAGACGCCACUGA